AUGUCGUUUCUCUUCAGGCAAGAGUCGUCACCCGAAGGCGGCACCAUGGAGGCGUCUCACUCGAUUCGGACGCCCGAAGAGGCCGCGGCCAGAAUCGCCUACCUCUCCAGCGAUGUCAUCAUCUCCGUGCAGCCGUCGCUGGCUCGAGACUCAGACUUUUCUCCCCAUCUUAAGCGAUACGCCGGCCGGAGAGAUCGCGGCCUGGUAGCCGCCACUGCCGAUGCUGUGCCUCAAAUCCAAUCCGUGCGACACAACGCAGACCCGUUGCUCUCCGUCUUCGCCCCCAUUCGCUCUGGAAAGCUCGUCUCCGUCACUACUCCCUCUUCCGUCCUCCUGCCUGCCAUUUCCCAUCUCUACAAGCUGGCCAACUAUCCCGUCGUUCUCCAUGUCUCUCUCGCGCCCCACAACCGCUCCGAUUACUUGACCAUCACCUCUAUACGAAACUCCGGAUGGACCUUCAUACAGUCAGAAACCUUGCAGGAGGUCCAGGACAUGGCCAUUACGGCACACGCUUUGGCUGUACGCACGGGCAAAGGCGUCAUUCAUUUCUUCGCCUCUGCCUCCGUCGUCGACGAACCCAUCGGUGUGGAGGAUGCCGCCGUGGUGCGUACAAUCCUCGACAUCGAGAGCGUGAGGAGAUUCCAAUCCGGCGGCAUUGCCGCCUCAGAAAUCUAUGCCGAUGAUGGCCGUGUUGCCGUUUCCUCGGACCACCCAGAGACGGCGCUGGCCAACGGCGCUUCUGGAAAGAAUGGUGGUCUCCAGCCUCCUGCUCUCGCCGAUGCCCAUAAGGCGGCGUCAGCGGGUACUUCGGUCAAAUCAAGCGAGGCCAGUGAAUCGUCCACGCCCGUGGCACCGUCCUCCGUCGCCACCACUGUUGAGGCUGUGCCCCCUCAGAUCUUGUCCGAGGAUAUAUACACCUGCGCGACUCGUAUCUGGUCCCAGAUUCACUUGGCGCUGGGGAGACAGUACAGUGCCUUUGAGUACACUGGACCCGACAACGCUGAGAACUGUCUGUUUAUCUUUGGCUCCAACACAGGUCUCUUCGUGGACACUGUCAGACAUGCCAAACCCGACGACAUAUUCGCCAAAGUGGGCAUUCUCAAGCCACGCCUAUACCGACCCUGGAUUGGCUCCAAGCUCACCGAGGUCCUUCCCAGAUCAGCCAAGAGAGUCGCAGUUCUAGAGCAGAUCCAUCGGGUAACCACAAAAUGGGGUCCUCUGCUCAUCGAUGUUCUGUCCUCUGUCCAUCGUGGACCCGGCGGUGUCGAGACUGUCGUUGGCUACCAGCUAGGCAACCUCGCUCCCGAGACAAUCGUUCAAGCUCUCCGCGGGGUCGUGCAAAACCUGACGGCUGAAAAGCCGGUUCAGAACCUCGAGGUUGGAGUCAGAGACGGGCAGCAGCCGCUGGCCGGCCCUGCGCUGGCUUCUCCACUGCUGGAGACUGCAUAUUCCAAGAUACUAGAUCAGCUUUUCGGACAGAGGGUCUACGUUGCCAAUGCGCUCAAGUCGAGCAACACCGGCAUCUCUUCAACGGUGUCGGCGAGUCCCGAGUUUGGGUUCGGGUCAUUACUGGCGCGUAAAGAGCAUCGGGUACGCUUUGUGGCCGAAGUCAAGGAGACUGCCGGCACUGCCUCGUUUGCAUCGGACGAACCGAAGAGUUGGCUAGCUCGAUGGGCAAUGAACGCCGAAGCCCUCGAGAAAUCCGAUGAAAUCGCCGACGACGUCGUCUCCCGCCUGGAGGCCGACGGGUCACAGGCAGCGCAGACUCUUCUCUCCAGGCGCAGCUUGUUCUAUAAAGAGUCUCUGUGGCUCAUCGGCUCCGAUGCCUGGUCACACGAUCUCGGAAACUCGGGAGUGCAUCACGUCCUGGCCUCGGGUGAGAACAUCAACAUGCUCAUCAUUGACUCGACCCCUUAUUCGGAAAGAGGAUCGGCCGACGCCAGCCGUCGAAAGAAAGACAUUGGCCUGUACGCCAUGAAUUUUGGAAACGCCUACGUUGCAUCCACCGCCGUCUACAGCUCAUAUACCCAGGUCCUGCAGGCGAUGCUUGAAGCUGACAAGUUCAAUGGCCCUUCGGUGGUUUUGGCCUAUCUACCCUAUUUUGGCGAGACAGACUCACCUUUGACUGUUCUUCAAGAGACCAAGAAGGCUGUGGAAGCCGGGUACUGGCCCUUGUAUCGAUGGAACCCCGAAAACGAGCAGAAAGGCGAGCCCAACUUUUCGCUCGACUCGGAGUUGCUCAAACGAGAAUUGAAGGCAUUCUUGGCUAGAGACAACCAGCUCACCCAGCUCAUGAGAAAGGAACCGAAUUAUGCUGCCAACCUGGCUCAGGAUUACGGAACAGAGGUGCGGGCCCAGCAGAAGAGGAGGGCCAGGGACGCUUACAGUCAGCUUUUGGAAGGCCUUUUGGGUGCUCCACUGACUAUUUUGUUUGCCUCCGACAACGGCAAUGCCUCGACUGUUGCGAAACGACUGGGUAACAGGGGCAGGGCCCGUGGUUUGAAGACGUUCGUCAUGGCAAUGGAGGACUACCCGGUCGAGGACCUACCUAGGGAGGAGAAUAUUGUGUUCAUCACAUCGACUGCUGGUCAGGGAGAGUUCCCACAGAAUGGACUACCAUUCUGGGACGCCGUCAGAGGUAAAGCAGACCUGGAUCUAGCAACCGUCCACUUCUCCGUCUUUGGCUUGGGUGACAGCCAUUAUUGGCCCCGGAAAGAGGACAGGAUUUUCUACAACAAGCCGGCCAAAGACCUCGACAGAGUCCUCGGAAACCUCGGAGGCCAGCGCCUGGCCGACAUUGGACUAGGCGAUGACCAAGAUCCCGAUGGCUACCAGACUGGCUAUCAGGACUGGGAGCCCAAGAUCUGGCAGGCACUUGGCGUGGACAAGGUCGACGGACUGCCGGAGGAGCCACCGCCGAUAACCAACGAAGAUAUCAAGCUGGCGUCCAACUACCUCCGUGGAACCAUUGUCGAGGGGCUGGAGGAUGCGAGCACCGGCGCGAUUUCGGCGUCUGAUCAGCAACUGACCAAAUUCCACGGCACCUACAUGCAGGAUGACCGCGACGUCCGGGACGAACGGAAAGCGCAGGGGCUGGAGCCGGCCUACUCGUUCAUGAUUCGCUGCAGACUGCCCGGCGGUGUGGCGACUCCCAAGCAAUGGGUGCAGAUGGACGACAUCAGCACCGUGUUGGGCAAUGAGACGAUGAAGCUCACGACGAGGCAAACCUUCCAGUUUCAUGGUGUCGUCAAGGGCAAGCUCAGGCCUGCAAUGCAAGCCAUCAACCAGGCACUCAUGACAACCAUUGCCGCUUGUGGCGACGUGAACCGAAACGUCAUGUGCAGCUCGCUGCCGACACAGUCCAGUUAUCACAAACAAGUCCACGCCUGCUCACAGAAGAUUAGCGAUCACCUGCUGCCUUCGACAACAGCGUAUCACGAAAUAUGGCUGACGGAUGAAAACAACAAGAAGACACAGGUAGCUGGCGAUGUCGUGCAGGAUUUCGAGCCGCUGUAUGGUCCCACCUACCUCCCUCGCAAGUUCAAGAUCACGAUUGCUAUUCCUCCGCACAAUGACACCGACGUCUUUGCUCACGACGUUGGCCUCAUCGCGAUCAAGGGCAGAGACGGAAACCUGGAAGGCUUCAACUUGCUGGCCGGUGGCGGCAUGGGCGCCACACAUAACAACAAGAAGACGUAUCCGCAGACCGGACGGAUGCUCGGAUUUUGCACGGCAGAGGAGGUCCAUGUGGCGUGCGAGAAGGUCAUGCUCGUCCAACGAGACUAUGGUGAUCGGAAGAACCGCAAGCACGCUCGUCUCAAGUAUACCAUCGACGACAUGGGACUUGACGUUUUCCGAGGAAAGGUCGAAGAGCUGUGGGGCAAGACUUUUGCCAAGGAGCGGCCGUUCGAGUUCAAAAGCAACAUUGACACUUUUGGCUGGCAGAAGGACGAGACGGGCUUGAAUCACUUUGCCUUCUUCAUUGAAAACGGACGGAUCGAAGAUACGCCCGAGUUCCAGAUGAAGACUGGACUUCGCGAGAUUGCAAAGGUGCACAGGGGCGAGUUUCGCCUCACGGGUAACCAGCACCUGAUCUUGAGCAACGUCCAGGACGAGGAUGUGCCGGCGAUGAAGAAACUGAUGCAGAAGUACAAGCUUGACAACAUUCAGUUCUCGGGCCUUCGACUCAGCUCGUCUGCGUGCGUGGCCUUUCCUACCUGUGGGCUGGCAAUGGCCGAGUCGGAGCGAUACCUGCCGGUGCUCAUAUCCAAGUUGGAGUCUUGCUUGGAGGAGUACGGGCUCCGCCAAGACUCGAUUGUGAUGCGCAUGACGGGAUGUCCCAACGGGUGUGCUCGACCGUGGCUGGCAGAGGUGGCGUUUGUCGGAAAGGCCUACGGCGCGUACAACAUGUACCUCGGCGGCGGAUACCACGGCCAGAGGCUGAACAAGCUUUACCGGUCGAGCAUCAAGGAGGAAGAGAUCCUGUCCACCAUGAAGUCACUUCUGAAGAGGUAUGCGCUGGAAAGAGACGAGGGUGAGAGGUUUGGCGACUUUUGCAUCCGUGCUGGUAUCAUCCAGGCUACCAGGGACGGAAAAGACUUUCACGACAACGUCGCCGAAGAAGAAUCCGAGGAGGAGUGA